AUGGCCAAGAAACACAGAAGUCUGGCAUCCGGGCUGGCGCUCACAUCUCUGGCAGGUGCGCAGCAGGUCCUCAAUGAUCCGAAAUCGGCUUGCUCGAACUUCGCUUCUACGUUCACGUAUCCAAACGUAACGAUCAAUUUUUCCGAGCAUGUUGCUGCUGGAACAAACCUCACUUUUGAUCAAUCAACACCCGAGCUGCAAUCAUGCGGAAGAGCAUCUCAAGUCGUCCCAGUCGAUCUUUGCAGAGUGGCAUUCUACGUUGCGACCAGCAACCGAUCUGGCAUAACGGCUGAAGCUUGGCUGCCUUCGAAUUGGACAGGCAGAUAUAUGUCCACUGGCAAUGGAGGCUUGAAUGGCUGCAUUUCAUAUGAAGACAUAGCCUACGGCACGGAAUUUGGCUUUGCAGCUGUUGGCAACAACAAUGGCCACAACGGCACAGGUGGCACUUCAUUCUAUCAAAACGCCGAUGUGGUGCAGGAUUUUGCAUGGAGAUCAAUUUACACCGAGACCAAAGUCGGCAAAGAGCUUACCAAAGCAUUCUACGGCGAAGAUCUCUCCAAGAGCUACUAUCUUGGCUGCUCGACAGGAGGGCGACAGGGUUUCAAAAUGGCUCAAGACCAUCCUGAUCUCUUUGAUGGCAUUCUUGCUGGAGCGCCUGCCCUUGCAUUCAACAACCUCUCCUCCUGGUCUGGCCAUUUUCACCCGAUCAUUGGCUCGAACACUUCAGAAACAUACCUGACUCCAGCAAAAUGGAAUCUGGUGCAUGCGGACAUCCUGAAGCAGUGCGACUCGCUCGACGGAGCCGAAGAUGGUGUCAUCGAAGAUCCCAGUCUAUGUCACUAUAAGCCGGUUGCAUUGCAGUGCGCCUCCAACGCCACAAACACGACCAAUUGUCUCACUGCUCCACAGGUCAAGACGGUUACAGGCGUCUUCGCACCAUACUAUGGCGAGAAUGGUGACUUGAUCUAUCCGCGCAUGCAACCGGGCUCAGAGUCCGUCGCAUCGCGUCUUUACUACAAUGGCCAGCCAUUCCCCUACACGACCGACUGGUAUCGUUACGCCAUCUUGCAGGAUCCCAACUGGGACCCUAGCAUUCUCAACGCAUCUCUUGCCGCCUAUGCAGCUUCACUGAACCCUUUUAACAUCGAAACUUGGUCUGGGGAUCUGAGCGCUUUCCAGAAGCGAGGCGGUAAACUUCUCACUUACCAUGGCUUGAUGGAUGGUAUUAUUUCAAGUGCGAAUUCUCCACGAUACUAUGAGCAUGUGGCCACUACAAUGGGCCUCUCUCCCUCAGAGCUGGACUCUUUCUAUCGCUUCUUCCGCAUCUCAGGACUAGGGCAUUGCUCAGGCGGAGACGGUGCUUGGCACAUCGGACAGGAAACUGAAGGCGAGUCUGGAGCGGAGAGAAAUGUGCUGCAGAGGAUCAUCGAUUGGGUUGAGAAGGGGGAUGCUCCAGUGACUGUCACCGGUGUUCGAUACGUCAAUGACACGAAGAGUGAGGGCAUUGACUACGAGAGAAAGCAUUGCAAGUAUCCAUUGAGGAACAAGUAUGUUGGGCCGGGUAGCUGGAAGGAGGCGGAUGCUUGGACGUGUGUUGAGUAA